CCCAUUCUCUAGCUUGGUAAUAUUCACUUUCCAUGCUUACUCAUAUCUCUUGUUAUGAUAAGUCACUUUGGAUGAAGUUGUCUGCCAUAACCAUAACCAUAUUUCCUAAUUGCCUUUGCAUAGUGUUAUAUUUUAGAUCGGAACAGAUCAAUAAUUUACUCAAACCUUGUGUGUGUGUGAUUUAAAAACAAACAAAUCUCAUGAAAAGAGCAUUAUGGUAUUUGUCUAGUGCAUGUCUGCAUUGAAUGACAAUUAUGUAGGAUAAUGUCCUAUGUCUUGACUUCAUAUCUUACCAGUGAGUAAGAUUAUGUUUUGACAUUAAUAAUACAUUGUUGUGUGUGCAUGUGUCCCAGGUUAUUACUGUAGUUUCAUCAUGUUCGCUAGUUAUUUGCACAAAUCACACAUGGAAAGUCUUGCCUGCCUACUGUUAAACUGAACUUUCAUGUAGAGAGCCUAAUCCACUGAUCUGGGGUCAGUCUAUGUGUCUCUGCAGGUACAGUUCACGAUCACAACUGACUUUGACCUGAACUCCAAUGGAGUCUGAGCAGUUCUGGGAGAGUAAAGGACACAGAGAAUGUCCCUACUGCAGGAGGAAGUGCUCAAAAGAAGAAUAUCCCCUUAACAUGGCAUUAAGGAACCUGUGUGAGACCUUCUUACAGGAGACAAGUCAGAGAGCUUCAGCAGGGUCUGAGGUGCUCUGCAGUCUGCACAGUGAGAAACUCAAGCUAUUCUGUCUGGAGGAUAAGCAGCCUGUGUGUCUGGUGUGUAGAGACUCUAGGAAACAUAAAAAUCACACCAUCAGUCCCAUAGAUGAAGCAGCAAUUGACCGUAAGGAAGAGCUCAAGAUCAAACUGCAGCCCCUACAGAAGAAACUGAAGACCUUUGAAGAAGUCAAACUCAUCUGUGACCAAACAGCAGCUCAUGUUAAGAGACAUGCAGCAACAUAA